GUCAAAACUCAAAUGUCAACAAUAAAUGUAACCUAUAUUUAAAAAAUAAAAUUAAGUACAGAAUUUAUUUUGAAAUCAUUUACCCAGGUUAAUUAUAAAAUAUGAAUACGUUAAUAAAGGGGAUAAGCUGCUUAACAUACGCUAAACUGAAUACCAUUAGUCGUUCCCUGAGUUGCACAUCAACGCUGUUUCUGAAGCAGUGGCGAAUUAAUCGAGGCUUGUCAGUUAAUCGCACCGCUGAAGGUAUUCUCACUGAUGGACAGGAUUAUACUUUUUUAGAUGGAAGACCAACACCAUUACUGCAAAAACAGAAGAAACGCAUGCUCAAAAAUCAGGAAUAUGCAAGUCAAAUUGUCACAAUGUGCUCAGAAGUUGAUUUUGCUAAACAAAGACAUCAGAACACACUACGAGCGAAGGAAGAAGAGCGGCAAGCAAUUAUUAGUAACAGGCUCAAGCCAAAAGGAAAGGCUUUAUGGAAAAAAUAAUUAAAUAUAAUUCGUUUAUUUUAUAUUAGGUUGUUUGUUAGUAAUAAAAUUUAAUAGUUA